AUCAUAUAAAUAUCAUUGAAAUUAUUGAUUACUAAUAUAAAUAUAUUUUAUAUAUUUCCAGAUAAAUAAGUUUGUCGCCCAUAAAUAAACCCCAAAAGCUACCGGUCCCGCAAACAUGCCGUUCACCUGUUCCGAUAUCUGCAAAAUCAUUUUAGCCAUAAUUCUGCCACCUUUGGGCGUAUUGGCUGAAAAAGGUUGUGGUGUCGACCUUCUCAUCAAUAUCGCACUGACUAUAUUGGGAUUCAUACCGGGGAUCAUACACGCCCUGUAUAUUAUAUUCAAAUACUGAUACCUAUAUAUACACCACAAGAAUCUAUUACAAGACUUUUUGUCGUUUCGUUUCGUUCACCACUUUUUUGGCUAAUUUUUUGUCUCAAAUUAUAUAAUGCUUUAAAUAUAUUACUCCUUUUUCUCUCUAUACCUA